AUGCGCCGCAUGGGUGAGAAGAGCCGGGCGGGGAGGCGGGAGCCCUGCCCCGCUGCCCCCCGCGCCGACGGGCGGGCCGUGCUGGGGGUGCUGGCGGAGAACGGCCAGCAGCGGCCCGGCUGUCAGGCUGCUACUAUUAUCAGACACUUCUCUGGCUCUGAAAACACCAUCCCUGCAUCUGGAAAAGAUGAAUUGCCCAGCCAUAUGGUCAAUGCUGCACCAAAGCAAGGCUUUGCUAUCUAUGUCGAUGAACAAGAAGAGAAAGAAAACUACAAUUUUCAAGUUCCUGAAGAGCUGGAAUCAAGCCUGUGUGAGCUGGAUAAAAGUGGAAUGACAUCUAGUAUUCAUCUACUGCUGGAUCUGAGUACAGCGUCUCCUAUGGUGGUGGACACAUCCUUCCAGUCCCAGCCUGAGGAUCACAUGGAAGAUGAUGUAACUCUGCCUGUGGAAGAGUAUGCACAAGACAUUCAUCAGUACCUUCGAGAGGCUGAACUAAGAUUCAGGCCCAAGCCCUACUACAUGAGGAAGCAACCAGAUAUCACAACAGGAAUGCGUGCCAUCUUAGUAGACUGGCUGGUGGAAGUUGGGGAAGAAUAUAAACUUAGGACAGAGACUUUGUAUUUGGCAGUGAACUUCCUGGACAGGUUUCUUUCCUGCAUGUCUGUUCUCAGAGGGAAGCUUCAGCUUGUGGGAACAGCAGCAAUGCUUCUGGCUUCGAAAUAUGAAGAGAUCUACCCACCUGAAGUGGAUGAAUUUGUAUACAUAACAGAUGAUACCUACACAAAACGGCAGCUGCUAAGAAUGGAACAGCUGCUUCUCAAAGUGUUGGCUUUUGACCUAACAGCCCCAACCAUCAACCAAUUUCUCCUUCAGUUUUUUCAGAGGCAUGGAGUCUGUAUGAGGACAGAGAACUUUGCAAGGUAUCUUGCAGAACUGAGUCUCCUUGAAGCUGAUCCAUUUCUGAAGUACCUUCCUUCACAAACUGCUGCAGCAGCCUAUUGUCUAGCAAACUAUACGGUGAACAGGUCUUUCUGGCCAGAAACACUUGCUGCAUUCACUGGGUAUUCAUUAAGUGAGAUAGUGCCUUGCCUGACUGAUCUGCAUAAAGCAUGCCUUGAUGCUUCUCAUUGCCAACUGCAAGCAAUUAAGGAGAAGUAUAAGCGCUCAAAGUACUUGCAAGUGUCUCUUCUGGAGCCCCCAGCAGUUCUUCCUCUACAAUAG